CAAACACGACGGCGGUGGGCGUGGCCAAGCAUGUGUCACAGGGGUCCGCUGGUUGCUAGGCUAUUAGCAGGCGGUUUCUGCUCUUCUGCAGACUUUUGGGCUGCAUGUGCUUAGCUGGAAAUCCUGAAACGAGCGGACUAUGAAAACCCCGUGACGUGUCCAGGGCGACAGAGGAGGGCCCCCUUUUGCCAACUAGCAGAAAAUGGUGACUAUCUUCACAUGACCGGUGAACAUGGGCUUCUUAGGGCUGGUAGCCAGAAUCAUGGGAAGGAUCAGCACGUUCAGAUCCUAUCAGUGCGUGCUUCUGCUGGCCGCCACGCUUGCUGUCAUAGCUUUUUACUACUUCGGCUCGGAGCGGCACAGCUUCUCCAGCACCACGAAGAGGAUAAGGCAGACCCAGGCCAACACCAACCGAAACGACGCCGACCUCACCGUGGACACCAGGAUCUCACGCCUUCCUGCGUCCGAGGAGCAAAGAGGGGAAGAGCUGGACGUCGGAGAGGAAAGGGAAGCGUUCAGGGCGAAUAAAGGGAGCCCCCGUGCUGGCGGCCAGCACUACUACCACGCUCUCAUGAUGUUCACCAAGGUGGACAGGAGCAGGAGCCUGCAGGAGAAGUUCAAGGUGGCCAUGUUGUCGAUGGUGAAGCACGCGCGGUUCCUGGAAGGAGAAGCUUUGCUGCUUCAUUUUGUGAGCGACCAGGCCAGCCAGGAGCUGGGCCAGAGGAUGCUGCAGGAGUUUCUGCGGGAAGCCACGUUUAAAUACGAGAUCGUCUUCCACGAUGUGGUGGAACUCACGCAGAAGCUGUUCCCCAUCGUGGAGGCCAUGCAGAAGCAUUUCAGCGCAGGCUCCGGGGCGUACUACAGCGACUCCAUCUUCUUCCUGUCGGUGGCCAUGCAUCACAUCAUGCCUGAGAGUCUGACCCAAAUAGUGCAGCUCGACCUGGACCUCAAAUACAAAACCAACAUCAGGGACCUUUUCCAGGAAUUUGACAACUUUCCUCCGGGAGCGGUCAUAGGAAUCGCCAGAGAGAUGCAGCCAGUCUACAGACACACCUUCUGGCAGUACCGUAAGGAGAACCCUAAGACCAGAGUAGGAGAGCCUCCUCCUGAGGGCCUCCCAGGCUUUAACAGCGGGGUGAUGCUGCUGGACCUGAGCGCCAUGAGAGCGUCGGCUCUCUACAACCAGCUGCUGAAGCCCAGCAAUGUGGCCAAGCUAGCGGACCAGUAUUGCUUCAGGGGCCACCUGGGAGACCAGGACUUCUUCACAAUGAUCGGCAUGGAGCAUCCCGAACUCUUUUACCCUCUGGCCUGCGGCUGGAACCGCCAGCUGUGCACCUGGUGGAGGGACCACGGCUACGGAGAUGUGUUUCAGCUGUAUUACGGCUGCGAUGGGCCCGUUUACAUCUAUCACGGGAACUGUAAUUCCCCCAUUCCAGACGACUGAGUCGUGCGCUGCUGCCUUUCUGGCACUGAGAAGAAAAAAAAAUAUUGAUUGUGUAGCAGAAGGAAACAUUUCUUUAUGUUAAUGUGUGAUCUAAGACUUGUUUUCUAGAGAAGUUGACUUCCUUUUCCAGUCAUGGACCCUCUGCUGGCAGAGGGCGUACCAAAGAGCUGCCUACCUGAGAAUGGGCUUUGCUGCUGUUUGUUGUGUUACGUUUGGGCCAAAGCUGCCGUCUCAGACAACAGCAACGCAGAGGGAGUUUGCUUUUGCAUAGAUGGCUUUGACACGUGCAGCACCUCAUGUCAUGAGAAUACCUUUCAUUCCAGAUACAAUGAAAGGAAACCUUGUGGUUUAUGGUGCCAGAGGGAGCUCAGAACUCAGGAGCCAUUUUCAAUUAAAGGGAUAUUAAAUGUCGUAACUCCGUAUUUUGAAGACACUCUGUUGUCUAACAGAUCAAGGGGAAGUCCAGACUUAUCCGUCUGUAUUAUUCUUCAUUUAAUGAAGAAUCCUUAUUUGCACAAUUAUCUCCUGAGGUGCUAGAAAAGCCUCCAGAACAAGAGUUGACCUUCUUUAUUAGCUUGUUGAGCUUUUUUAAAUUGCUGGCUCUGCACUGCAAAAACGGAUCUAAAAACAAGUAAAACGUUCUUG